UGCGGCCGGAGGACCGCGGCGGGCUGGGCGCAGGGCAUCCGCCUCUCGCUCACCACGCGGACCCCGCGUCUCCACCGGCAGCCUCGGUGGCGGCGGCCGCAGAGCCUCGCCCACUCCAAUCCCCACCCUCUCCAUCCUUAGCUGUUAAAGAACUGCAGCGCCUGGCACGUUCCGGGAGGACCCCCGGCGCAGAAGAGGAAAGGGAGCCGGCGCAAGGAGACUGGAAAGGCAGCAUGCGCCCCCCGGGAGCAGCCUCGGCGCCCACGGUCUGAGGCGGGAGCCUCAGUUCGCCAUUGUGAGCCGCCGCCGGGGGAACUCGCACGCGCCGCGGUCCCCCCGGGUCCCUUCUGCACCGUGAUGGGGCACCUGCCCACGAGAUCCCGCGGCGGCCGCCGCUUCCUGUCUCUGCUCUGGCUCUUUGUGCUGCUCAAGAAUGCCACAACAUUCCAUGUAACUGUUCAAGAUGAUAAUAGCAUCGUUGUCUCUUUAGAAGCUUCAGAUGUCAUGAGCCCAUCAUCUGUGUAUGUUGUGAAGAUAACUGGGGAAUCAAAAAAUUACUUCUUCGAAUUUGAGGAAUUCAACAGCACUUUGCCUCCUCCUGUUACCUUUAAGGCUAAUUACCAUGGCCUUUAUUAUAUAAUCACUCUGGUAGUGGUAAAUGGAAAUGUGGUUACCAAGCCAUCCAGAUCAAUCACUGUGUUAACAAAACCCCUACCUGUAACCAGUGUUUCAAUAUAUGACUAUAAACCUUCUCCUGAAACAGGAGUCCUAUUUGAAAUUCAUUAUCCAGAAAAAUAUAAUGUUUUCACAAGAGUAAACAUAAGCUACUGGGAAGGUAAAGACUUCCGAACAAUGCUGUAUAAAGAUUUCUUUAAGGGAAAAACAGUAUUUAAUCACUGGCUGCCAGGAAUAUGUUAUAGUAACAUCACUUUUCAGCUGGUAUCUGAGGCAACUUUUAAUAAAAGUACUCUUGUGGAGUACAGUGGUGUCAGUCAUGAACCUAAACAGCAUAGAACUGCCCCUUAUCCACCUCGAAAUAUCUCGGUUCGUAUUGUAAACUUGAACAAAAACAACUGGGAAGAACAGAGUGGCAGUUUUCCAGAGGAAUCGUUCAUGAGAUCACAAGAUACAGUGGGAAAAGACAAACUCUUCCAUUUUAUGGAUGAAACCCCUGAAAUUCCCUCUGGCAACAUUUCUUCUGGUUGGCUCGACUUCAACAGCAGUGACUACGAAACUCCAUCCCAGCCCUAUUGGUUGGGCGGCGCAUCUGCAACUCCCGAAAGUGAAGAUGACUUUGUCAGUGUCCUUCCCAUGGAAUAUGAAAAUAACAGUACACUCAGUGAGACUGAGAAAUCAACAGCAGGCUCUCUCUCAUUUUUUCCUGUACAAAUGAUCCUGAAUUGGUUACCACCCAAACCACCCACUGCCUUCGAUGGGUUCCAUAUCCACAUAGAAAGAGAAGAAAACUUUACUGAAUAUUUGACAGUGGAUGAAGAAGCACAUGAAUUUGUUGCAGAAUUGAAGGAGCCUGGGAAAUAUAAGUUAUCUGUGACAACCUUUAGUUCCUCAGGAUCUUGUGAAACUCGAAAAAGUCAGUCAGCAAAAUCACUCAGUUUUUAUAUCAGCCCUUCAGGAGAGUGGAUGGAAGAACUGACUGAGAAGCCCCAGCAUGUGAGUGUCCACGUUCUAAGCUCAACCACUGCGUUGAUGUCCUGGACAUCUUCCCAGGAGAACUACAAUGGCACCAUCGUGUCUGUGGUGUCGCUCACCUGCCAGAAACAGAAGGAGAGCCAGAGGCUAGAAAAGCAGUACUGCACUCAGGUGAACUCAAGCAAAUCUAUUAUUGAAAAUCUGGUUCCUGGUGCCCAGUACCAGGUCGUGAUGUACCUAAGAAAAGGCCCUUUGAUUGGACCCCCUUCAGAUCCUGUCACAUUUGCUAUCGUUCCAACGGGGAUAAAGGAUUUAAUGCUCUAUCCCUUGGGUCCUACGGCAGUGGUCCUGAGCUGGAGCAGACCUUACUUAGGAGUGUUCAGAAAAUACGUAGUUGAAAUGUUUUAUUUCAACCCUGCAACAAUGACAUCAGAGUGGACAACGUACUAUGAAAUCGCAGCAACUAUCUCCUUGACUGCAUCCGUGAGGAUAGCCAAUCUAUUGCCAGCAUGGUACUACAACUUUCGAGUUACCAUGGUCACAUGGGGAGACCCGGAAUUGAGCUGUUGUGACAGCUCCACCAUCAGCUUCAUAACAGCCCCAGUUGCUCCGGAAAUCACAUCUGUGGAGUAUUUCAACAGUCUGUUAUAUAUCAGUUGGACAUAUGGUGAUGACAAAACUGACCUCUCCCAUUCUAGAAUGCUACACUGGAUGGUUGUUGCAGAAGGAAAGAAGAAAAUUAAAAAGAGUGUCACACGCAAUGUCAUGACUGCAAUUCUCAGCCUGCCUCCAGGAGAUAUCUACAACCUCUCAGUAACCGCUUGCACAGAACGAGGAAGUAAUACCUCCAUGCUCCAGCUUGUCAAGCUAGAACCAGCUCCCCCAAAAUCACUGUUUGCCGUGAAUAAAACCCAGACUUCGGUGACUUUGCUGUGGGUGGAAGAGGGAGUAGCUGAUUUCUUUGAAGUCUUCUGUCAACCAGUUGGCUCGAGUCAAGAAACAAAACUCCAGGAGCCGAUUUCUGUUUCCUCUCACGUUGUGACCAUCUCCAGCCUCCUUCCCGCCACUGCCUACAACUGCAGCGUCACCAGCUUCAGCCACGACAGCCCCAGCGUCCCCGCGUUCAUAGCCGUCUCAACAAUGGUUACAGAGAUGAACCCCAAUGUGGUAGUCAUCUCGGUACUGGCCAUCCUCAGUACACUGUUAAUUGGACUGCUGCUCGUGACCCUUAUCAUUCUGAGGAAAAAGCACCUCCAGAUGGCAAGGGAAUGCGGAGCAGGAACUUUUGUCAAUUUUGCUUCUUUGGAGAGGGAUGGAAAGCUUCCAUACAACUGGCGUAGGAGUAUAUUUGCUUUCUUAACCCUGCUACCCUCAUGUCUUUGGACUGAUUAUCUUUUGGCAUUUUAUAUUAAUCCUUGGAGUAAAAAUGGUUUAAAGAAGAGGAAACUGACUAACCCAGUUCAACUGGAUGACUUUGACGCCUACAUCAAGGAUAUGGCCAAAGACUCUGACUAUAAAUUUUCUCUUCAAUUUGAGGAGUUGAAAUUGAUUGGACUGGACAUCCCACACUUUGCAGCAGACCUUCCACUGAACCGAUGUAAAAAUCGUUACACAAACAUCCUACCGUAUGACUUUAGCCGAGUGAGAUUAGUCUCCAUGAAUGAAGAGGAAGGCACGGACUAUAUCAAUGCCAACUACAUUCCUGGAUACAACUCACCCCAGGAGUAUAUUGCCACCCAGGGACCACUGCCUGAGACCAGAAAUGACUUUUGGAGGAUGGUUCUACAGCAGAAGUCCCAGAUCAUUGUCAUGCUCACGCAGUGUAACGAGAAAAGAAGGGUGAAAUGUGACCAUUACUGGCCGUUCACGGAAGAACCCAUAGCUUACGGAGACAUCACCGUGGAGAUGAUCUCGGAGGAAGAGAGGGAUGACUGGGCCUGCAGACACUUCCGGAUCAACUAUGCUGAUGAGAUGCAGGAUGUGAUGCAUUUCAACUACACGGCGUGGCCUGAUCACGGGGUGCCCACGGCAAAUGCUGCGGAGAGCAUCCUGCAGUUUGUACACGUGGUUCGACAGCAAGCUACCAAGAGCAAAGGCCCCAUGAUCGUGCACUGCAGUGCCGGAGUCGGCCGGACGGGGACAUUCAUUGCCCUGGACAGGCUCUUGCAGCACAUUCGGGAUCAUGAGUUUGUCGACAUCUUAGGGCUGGUGUCCGAAAUGCGAUCCUACCGGAUGUCUAUGGUGCAGACAGAGGAGCAGUACAUUUUUAUCCAUCAGUGUGUGCAACUGAUGUGGAUGAAGAAGAAGCAGCAGUUCUGCAUCAGCGAUGUCAUCUAUGAAAAUGUUAGCAAGUCCUAGUUCAGAAUCCAGAGCAGACAGGACAUGCCUCCCUUGCUUCCAGAGUUUUUUAGGGGCCCUGCUGGCCAUUUUGCUAAGAAGGGCCCCUGCUUUGUAGUCUGUGGCCAAGGAGAUAAUCUAUCUCACCGAAGCACCGGGAAGACUUAGCCUUAAAGAGCCUACAGUGUCUUUUGGACUCCUUUACUUCUGGACAUUUAAUAACGGACCAAAUUCAACUGAACACCACAAAGGUCCAGACGCUCUGCAAAGGGCAGGAAGCACAGCACUUCCGAAGAGUUUCCUUGGCCCUUGGCUGGUUGGGCUGAGUUUUUUGUUGUUGUUGUUUUUAAGUGCAAUAAUUUUUGUAUGUGUGAUUUUAUCAGGAAGUUGAAUUGUUUUUACCCACACGACCGACCAAGCCCGUAGCCCAAGAGGGAACAGGAAUGGUUAGUAUCAAAUUAUACCUCAUUGUUAAAAAGUGGCCUGGUCACACAUGAGGAAAUGGUAAUUCCACUUCAAGGAAAUUGAACCAGCGAUAUCUGUCCUCCAACAUUAAGCUGCUGGAUCAGGAGUGGGGUGGGCGGAGGGGGUGGGGGGAAGAGAGAAAGGUUCUACCCACAGAUCAACUGCAUAUGUUUUCCAAAUAUGAAAAGCUGUAAUCCAGCUGCAAAGUAGAGUAGAAAAAAUAUUUAAGUCUUAUUGUUCUAGUUCUUGAUGGUUUUCUUCCUUAUUAACAGUUAAGUGUUGUUUUUUCCUGGGCCCUCUUGAACUAAUGUCACUGUCCAGAUUCUUUUUUCACCAAACCAGAUCUGGUUCGGAACAGUUUGAAGAAGGACUCUUAAGACUCCAUUGCUGUCUGAGCAACCUUGGUGCCUAGACUUUGCAUUCCUUUUUCUGUGGACCUGCAUACAUGUGAAAGCUAUUUCUUUGAGAACUAUAUAGGCUGUGAAAAACGCACUUUCUUUCCCCCAAAGAGCUGGGGAUUUAUGAAGUUAUGGCAACGAACUGCAGCAUGCUAGGACGAUAAUUUGGCUAUUGUCAAGCGUCUCUAUGGAUUCCAACGGAGGUUUCUUUUGGUUUUGUUUUCUUUCGGGUUGUCGGUUUCAUUUUAACCAGUGUAACUAGUAACGUUUUCUUCUUCGGAUUUUGUAUAAUUACAGUACGUGAUUGUGUAUUGUGACCUUCAUGCUGUCAAGAUGGACGCUGACAGCAUCGUGAAGCCUGUUACUUUGUGUCACUUCCUUAAAAAUAAGAGGUGAUGGUAUGGAGAUACAAAGGAAAACAUUUGGAGCUGAGAGUAAACACAAGCUGACUGCUUCACUGUGGCAA